AUGCCUCGUUAUUUAAAAACGCUUACUAUUGGAGAAAAACAAAAGGUUCUUGAAGCAGUGAAAACUGGAAGAAAAAAAAAGGACAUUGCGGAAGAAUUUGGAAUACCAGCCAGCACAUUAUCAACCAUAAUAAAGAAUAGUAAGGAAAAUGAUUUAAACUUUCCAACAGACCGGAAGAGGAAGAGAGGCCCUGGUUUUUCAGACGUAGAAGAAUGUGUAGUUAAGUGGUUCAAACAAUGCAAAGAUGCCAAAGUCAGUAUCGGAGGUCCUAUUUUAAAAGAAAAAGCCAAAAAUUUCGCAAAAUCAUUAGGUCAUGAACAAUUUAAGGCCAGUAACGGGUGGCUUGAAAGUUUUAAAAAACGACACGAUAUUGCUUUUAGAAAAGUCUGUGGUGAAAGUGCAACUGUCAGUGAUGAUAUAGUAAAUGAAUGGAAAUUACAUUUGAGUGAGCUACUGGAAGGAUAUAAACCAUGUGAUAUAUUUAAUGCAGACGAAACUAAAUGUAACGGUGGUAAACGUAGCAAAGAACGACUCACACUAUUAUUGGCUGUUAACAUGACUGGUACAGAUAAACUGAAACCUUUAAUAAUAGGAAAAUCUAAAAAUCCGAGGUGUUUUUCUUGUGUCAAAUCUUUUCCCGUUGAUUAUACAGCAAAUAAGAAAGCAUGGAUGACUAGUGAAUUGUUUGCGGAAUGGCUAUUACGAAUAGACAAACAGAUGAAAAUACAAAAACGUAACAUUUUAUUGUUUAUAGACAAUUGUUCGGCUCACAAUUCUUUACCGAAUUGUCAAGCUGUAAAAGUCAAAUUUUUACCACAAAAUCCCAAUUCAAAAUUGCAACCUUUAAACCAAGGAAUUAUUAAAACAUUCAAGACGCUUUAUAGAAAAGAAAUAGUGAGAAAAAUUAUAAGUGAUAUGGAUGACGAAAAAUCUACAGUAAUCGAUAUUCUUCAAGCUAUGCGCAUUGUUGAUAGAACAUGGAGAAACGUAACAACAUCAACAAUCGUGAACUGCUUUAGAUCGUGUGGGUUUGUACUUAAAAUUGAGAAAAUCGACACAUUGAUGCCUAUAAUCGAAAAUAAUGAUUCGGAUGACAGAGAAUGGACGCUGAUAGCAAGUCGUUACGGAAUCGUGGAAAAAACUUUUAAUGAUUUUGUUGAAAUCGACAAGGACAUUGCCGUUUCUGGUGUUCUGACAGACGAUGAUAUAACUGACUCCGUUCGUGGCACUGAAGAUGUAUUAUCUGAGCCUGUGCAUCGUGUUUCAACGAAGCAAGCAACAGGAGUACUCAUAUUGCUAGGACAUUCAUCGAACAUUUAA